CCUCUCUUCCCUCUCUUUCUCUCUAUUGGGUUAGGGGAGAAAGAGGGAGGAACGGUUUCUUCUAGAAUGUUCUCUACGUUAUCGUGAUUUUGGAUAAUCAAAGACCUACGAAUCUUUCUAAUCACCAUCGACAUGGAAGGAAUCGAAAUGAAGAUUCAAGACAUUCUAGACGGAGGUCCGUUGGAUGGGAUGAAAGAAAACGCCGACGACGACUAUAUCCCGUCGCCGAGAGGCGUAUUGGAGAUUCCAAUAUCAGGGUCGGAUUCCGAUCACAGCGGCGGAAUGGACUCGCCGGUGGCUUUUGGGCCGGAAGAGAAACCGGCGGCGAAGCCAAUGCAUUUGAAGAAAUUGUUUGAUAAUGCUAAGAUGAAGUCUGUUAGAAGAUUCGCAGCGAUUCCAUUGAUGAAUGGUUUUGAACUUUCUAAAAAGAAUUUAAGGAGAAAAAUAGGAUGGAAUAGAAGCAAUGAAGAAACUAUUGAUUGUGGGGAUUUCGUUGUUCCUAAACCAACUUGGAGAAAUUUCAGCCAUCAAGAACUCGCCGCAGCCACCGAUGAUUUCAGCUCCGAGAGGAUGAUCGGAAAAGGUGGACAUGCUGAGGUAUUCAAAGGAACGUUACCGGACGGGAGAGAAGUGGCGGUGAAGAAGAUAAUGAAGAUCGAAAAAAACGAUGAAGAUAGAGUUGGCGAUUUCUUAUCUGAACUGGGUAUUAUCGCUCAUAUUGAUCAUCCUAAUGCUGCAAAACUCAUCGGUUUCAGCGUUGAUGGCGAUCUUCACCUUGUCCUUCAGUUAUCUCCCCAUGGAAGUCUCGCUUCUCAUCUUCACGGAACGGGCGAGAAACUAGAAUGGGAGGUACGGUUUAAGGUGGCGGUUGGGGUGGCGGAAGGACUUAACUAUCUUCAUUCUGGUUGCCGGAGACGAAUCAUUCAUCGGGAUAUCUCUGCUUCGAAUAUACUUCUUACGGAUGACUAUCAACCGCAGAUUUCUGAUUUCGGCCUUGCCAAAUGGUUACCGGAUAAAUGGAUUAAUCACAUUGUUCAUCCAAUCGAGGGUACUUUUGGAUAUAUGGCUCCUGAGUACUUCAUGCAUGGGAUUGUCGACGAGAAGACAGAUGUUUUCGCCUUUGGAGUGUUAUUACUCGAGCUCAUAACGGGUCGUCGGGCAGUUGAUUCAAGUAGUCAAAGUCUCGUGAUGUGGGCCAAACCUCUAUUGGAGAAGAAUUGCACCAAGGACCUAACCGAUCCACGAGUGGAAGGAAACUACAAUAGCGACGAAAUGGAACGCGUCAUAUCAGCAGCGUUAGCCUGUCUUCAUCAGUCGCCUGGAAAUCGCCUGCCUAUGGCUAGAGUUUUGGAGAUUCUAAGAGGUGAAAGCGGAAAUUCAAUUGAACCAAAACACAGGAGGUCGAGGUCGAGAAGUAGUAGUACUGUGAUCAUGAUGGAUCCAUCUGAUUUGGAAGAUUACUCAAGCACAAAUUACUUAAACGAUCUCAGCCGUCAUAUGCAGCUUGUACUUGAAUAGACCUGCAUUUUCCUUGUUCUUGAAGAAGAUUACCUUUAAAUUUAAAUUUUGGUGCAUAUGACAAUCAAAUGUAAUCAAGAUGAAACUUUUAAACAUGAAACCUUUCUGGGUUUUCAUUUUAUUUAGUGUUUAGGAAGAGGGUAAUCAUUGUACAAGCUUACAAGAAGAAAGACUCAAGCUUUUAGACAAAAGAGAAUGAGAAAUAGUAUACUUUUUAGGUUUGGAUUCAAAUCCAAA